AUGUCAGAAGAAGACAAACUGGGAUAUUUGCUGACAAGCAUAGCCGAGGAUGUCUAUGGAAAAGGGCACCUGAGCUCGGUGUCUGGCGUCAUUAGGCAAUGCCGAACUUUCGAACAGUUCAAAUUGCGCAGGAUUGUUCCAAAGCUUAGCUGGCACACAAAUGUUACAACGGUUGCCAGCAUCGACAGCUUUUGCCCAGACAUGUUUUUGACAAUCCGACAGACUGCAAAAUGCAGGCUGCUGGCCACCGCACUCGUAGCACUGUUCCUGGCUAACCAAGGUGUGGCUGAAGGUACAAAACCGAAAGAGCUUGCCGACAAAGCCGGAGCCAACGAAUCGACUGAUGGUGACCUUGUGGGCGAAAGCACGAGAUACAAGCACAGUCGCGUCAAUAAGCAAUCUUCGCUUGAAGUGGACACUCCUUUGGAGCCCAUCGGUUACCAACACCAAGAAACUUACGAACGUCCUGAGUACCCCAAAAGUUAUGCGAAGCUUGGAGGCGCAACGUAUGGCAAGAUCAGCUACAGCCGUGAUGAUUCCUACCGGCAGGAGCGGGGUUACGAAAGCCCGUCGCUGCACGAGAGAGUCAGCUACGGCAAAGUGAAGUACAGUCACGGAAGCGACGAUGCUGCAGGCUACAAAGAGAGUGACGACUCUAGACCAGGAACCGCAUCUUAUGACGGUAACAUGUACAAUAAUGAUGGCUACUUGACACCCAUUUACAAUCGAGAAGACUAUGUUCGAGGGAGUCAACACAGGGGAACUUAUCGCCACAAGAGCCGUCCACGUGGAAUGACCUACAUACCGGUCGAAUACACCCGCGAAGUGUACCCGUACGAGCAAGGAGACCAGCAGGCUGGAGGCCAGGUCGACUACUCCUCGCGGCUCCACAACAACAAAAUAGGCAGCAGCAGCUCGGUGUUCGACGGGGGAAGCUACAAUUAUGCUGACACCGAUCGUUACCAGGCCGUGGGCGGUGACUACGAUUUCGGGACGAACAAGCCGCUUUUGCAGCCGGGCUCUUCUAUCCAAGGUGGCCUAAGCAUCUUUGGCGGUUAUGGACAGGGAAAUGGAAACUUGCGGUACCGAGACUUUGUCCCGUAUUACGGCUCGGACGGAUACUACAGCCGCCACGACAAUGGUGCUUACGGGCUCCAGAGUUAUGGUUCCGACAAUCGUGAUGCUCAGGCUAAGCCGUACGAAGAGUAUAGCAACGCUCUCAACGAAGGCGGUUUCAACGAGGCGUACGCUGGGCAGACCCGAAGGUACGGCGCAAAGUUCUCGUCGGGAAAGAAGACGCACAAGCAGAGUGGCCGCAACCGUGGUGGGCUAGGCGCCUACAUAGUAGGCGUCGAGUACAUCGGCCGCACACCGGUUCUCGUGCAGUCACAACCACCACGCAACCCACCUGCCAAGGAAGAGCCUUAUUGGAAGUGACGACCCCGACUGCUGCAAACGCAUCUAUCGCUCCCCCAAAUGUGUAUCACUCAUAAAGUUGUCGCCCUUAGUGUAGCUCCCUUUAGACCCAAUGUCUGAGCUUCAAAAAUUCACCAAACAUGGUGAUAUUCUACGAACAAUGGGUUCUCACAAAUACAUUCCUGUGAAAAAUCCACUGUUAUGAAGAUGCGUUAACGGCGAAGCAAAAUCUUUAAAAUUUAUUUUUAAAGCUACAGUUAAAAAGGAAGUAUUUUAUUGUUCACACUGAAAUUAUAUUUGCCAAAUACGAGUAUACUCCUUCCACCCACCAUCGUCCUGAAAUUGUUCUAACACUAGAAGUGUGCUCAAGAACGUAUUGCAGCGAAUUUUGAUGCACAACAUAA